AUGUCUCUUAAAGUACAGAAUCCAAACAAUGUGCGUGUCUAUACAGUGUCAGGCGAAGGCGUGACCCAAAAAUUGCCGGACUGGAUUAGCAAAAAAAAGUUGAAAAAGGAUUAUGCCUUAUCACAUAGAAUUGAGCUUCUUCAAGAGUUCGAUUAUCCAGAGGCUAGCAACCGCAUCAAAGUUACACGAGAUGGUAAAUAUGCCAUGUCCACGGGCGUUUACAAGCCUCACAUAAAAGUUUUUGAUUUUGCUGAAAUGUCGUUAAAAUUUGAACGUCAUACGGACACAGAGAAUGUUCAAUUUGAAAUUCUUUCGGAUGAUUGGACAAAGAGUGUGCAUCUACAAGCUGACCGUACGGUGGAUUUUCACAGUCAGGGUGGUAUUCAUUAUUCCACAAGAAUUCCCAGAUACGGUAGAGACCUGAAGUAUCAUUUUCCCAGCUGCGAUCUCUACCUUGCGGCUGCUGGAGAUGAAGUUUAUCGUUUGAAUUUGGAACAGGGUCGAUUCUUAAACCCGUUUAAGAUCGAAAGUGCUACCAGCGAAGAACCGACUGCUGGUGUGAAUGUAUUGGACAUUAAUCCAUUGCAUCAAUUGUUGGCAUUUGGUACCGAUGCUGGUACUGUCGAAUUUUGGGAUCCUCGCGAUCGUUCUCGAGUCGGCAUUUUGGAAAUGCCCUCUACUGUGCCUUCUUCUCCCUACACAAGUGCCAAUCGUGCAGUCACUGCUUUGAGUUUUCGUAAUGAUGGUCUUAAUCUCGCCGCUGGUUUAUCUGACGGUGUAUCUCUCUUAUAUGAUUUGCGUUCUCCAAAUCCCUACAUGACUAAAGACCAAGGUUACAGCUUGCCUGUCAAAAACGUAAGCUGGCUUGACAGUGCUUUGGAUGGCAGUGCCCGUGUUCUUACUGCAGAUGCCAAAAUUAUCAAGAUUUGGGAGAAGGAUACGGGAAAACCAUUUACCGCUAUUGAACCUUCUGUAGAUUUGAACGAUGUGUGCCCGGUUCCUAAUUCUGGCCUAAUUUUCACUGCCAACGAGGGAUCUCCUAUGCAUGCCUUUUAUGUCCCUUCACUAAAUCCCGCUCCUCGCUGGUGUUCCUUCCUUGACAAUAUUACAGAAGAAAUGGAAGAAAACCCUACUCCCACAAUUUAUGACAACUAUAAGUUUGUUACCAAAAAGGAACUUCUUAGUCUUGGUUUGGAUCAUCUUGUUGGAACGGGCGUUAUUCGUGCUUACAUGCACGGAUUUUUCAUCGACUCGCGUUUGUAUGAAAAGGCUCGUUUGAUUGCAAAUCCCUUCUCUUACGAAGAGCAUAGAAAGAAAGCCGUUAAAGAACGUCUUGAGAAGAAGCGUAGCAGUAAGAUUCGUGCCCAGAAUCGUCCCAAGGUUAAUGCUACCUUGGCAACUCGUCUUGCUCACCAAGAAGCCAAGCUACGUAAGAAGGUUGGAGAAGAGAAUGCACCCAGUAUUCUUGAGGAUGAUCGUUUCAAGAAUGCUUUCACUAAUAGGGACUUUGAAGUUAAUGAAGAUACACUUGAAUUUAAACAACUAAACCCCACCAAAUCGACUAAACCUCAACUCACUGCUGCUGAAGAAUCGGAUGAAGAACACGAGCACACAAAAGGUGUACAAUUAAGUUCAGAUGAAAGUAUUAUGUCUGACGAAGAUGUGGAAGAGCAUGAAACAUUUGAUAAUAUAUUGUCGAAGAGACAAACCGAUCAUGACAAUAAGAAGCAAAAGGGAACCGAACAAACUAUUCGCAGUACACCUUCUGGAAUGGAAAUGUCGUUCCAAGUUGAGAAGAAGAAGAAGAAUAAACCAAGAGGUCAAAAUGAAGAAGCUCUCAGCGGGAAAAAGAGGCAGAAUACCGAAGGCCGUCGUUCUGCUAGCAAAAACGUUUUCCGGCAAAUUUAG